CCUUGUCUUAUGUGUGAUGGACGCUAGUGGUACUGACGGACCUUCCGUCCGUCACGUUUUGGGCGAGCCUCUCGUCCGUCCUAAGACGAAGGUUAGCUUGAGUGCCUAUUGCUUUUUAUUCAGUGAGAUGGUCCAGUAUUGUAUGUACACUGCCACGCGUGAUUCCAGCUUUACACAGCGGCUUCACGGGCUGGGAGUAGACAUUGGACCUCGUCUUCUCGAGAUGCUGAGCACUCGUGAGCGUUGCACCAAGCGUUACACAAACAUAGUGUCUAUUUUAUCAUUUAUAUCAACAACUGUGUGGAAGCAUCUUUUCAAUCACCAUGCAAUCCUGCUAAAAGGCAAGGACGACCCUAGUGAGUAUAUGAUCAACGAUGGCGACCUGCAGAUCACCAAGUACAUCAGUACACCCAAGGAUCUUCAGCACACUAGUUGCGCAUCUUUUGUGGCUGGCAUAGUUGAGGGAAUAUUGAGAUGGUCUGAAUUUCCUGCAACUGUCUCUGCGUAUAAUAUUCAAGAUAGCAGCCAAGCUCAUAUCGUAACUCUUCUUAUUCAAUUUGAGCAGAGUGUGAUUGAUCGCGAAUGUUAGGUUAUUGGACACCUAU